AUGCCGGAUGGAAUUAAAAUCGAACCAGAACAAAAUGAAUUUUCGAAUAAUGAAAUUCAGGAUAUUGAUAUAAAUUAUAUUCGUCCGAAUAAACAAAAAAUUAUUACACGCAGUCCAGUGAAGUGGUAUAGAAAUACCCGAGCUGUAUUACAAACUGUGAAAUCAAAUUUUUUACUGAUAUUCUUUCCUCCUGCCCUUAUCUUACAAGCAUACAAAUUUAAUGAAUUGAUAUUGUUUUUCGUUAAUUUUUUGGCGAUUAUCCCUUUGUCAAAAAUCAUGACCGUGGGAAUUGAUGAUUUAUCAGCUAGAUUAGGACCUGCUUAUCAUGCUGUUCUUCAUGCUUUCGCCGGUAAUUUUGUAGAACUUGUGGUUACUUGUUAUGCAUUGAUGGAUAAACACUAUGCAAUUGUUCGCUCUUCAGUGCUCGGUGCUAUCUUGUGUAACAUUUUGUUGGUUCUUGGUAUAGUUUUCUUAGCUGGCUCGUUCCCACGAAAGGGUUCUAGACGUCAAUCAAUGAAUGCAGAAUUAAAAACUUCUUUUUUCGUGUCAACCAGUGCUUCAACACUUGCUCUUGCUGUUCUUGCUCUUUUUACACCAGCAGCAUUCAAAUUUGCUGCACCAGAAGGUACUGGAAUUGAGUGUGAUUUACAAAGUAUUAGCCAUGCCAUAGCAAUUUUGUUAUUAUUAGUGUAUGCAGCAUUGUUGGUGUUUCAAUUAAAGACUCACGCUAGUGCGACAAUUGAUGCUACUGAAGUUCAUCAUCAAGAAGUACAAUAUUUCCUUGUAUUUGAUUUGUUAUUAAUUGGCCUAUCAAUUGCUGGUAUCUCAGUAUGCGCAAGAUAUUUAGUUACAAGUAUUGAAGAAUUGGCAGAGUCUUUCCAAUUUGGUAAUGGAUUUGUAGGAAUGGUUAUUUUACCUCUUUGUGUUGUAUCCAAUUUCAUGGAACAUUAUGAUGCUAUCAAAGAAGCUUCAGAAGAUAAAGUUGAUUUGGCCGUUGCUUUAAUAUUAAAUACUUCUGUGCAAAUUGCAUUACUUGUCACACCUAUCUUAGUAAUAGUAGGUUGGAUAACUUCUAGACCAUUAACAUUAGAUUUCAAUAAUUUGGAAAUUGGUGUACUCGCUUGCGCUGUAUUGAUUGUUAAUUAUCUAGUAGCUGAUGGCAAAGCUAAUUGGUUAGAAGGAUUUAUGCUUGUCGUAACGAUAGCAUUUUUCUACUUCCCAAAUGUUAAGGAAUUACCGGAAGUUUUGAAUUGUAAUCCUUGGAGUAGAAAUCUUCCCCCAAUUGACGAUUCAUCUCAUUAA